UGUUAGCUGAAAAAAAAUUAGUGUUGAGUCGAUGCGGAUGCUUUCGAAGGAUGACUCGUCACGUGUGCGCAGCACAUGACUCCAAUUAGGGCAGUCAUACAUAAUUAGUUAGUUAAUUAGUUUAGUUAGAUGAUACUAUUACUAUACCUAACCUAACCUAUAAAGUUUAUAUGAUUAGAAAGGGGGGAUAUAUUAUAACCAAAUAUAGACCUAAUUCUUUACAAUUACUAUUUACAGUUCUGAGAAAUAUGUCCCAGUCUAUUCAACCAACUGUUGAACGUCAAGAAGAAUUAUCUCAAAAUUAUCAAUCAGUUUUACAACAUGUUAAUAGUCUAACACAAGAAUAUAAUGUUAAAACUCCAGUUACUUUAGUAGCAGUAUCGAAAUUAAAACCUUCAAGUGAUAUUCAAGCUUUAUAUAAUGCUGGUGUACGUCAUUUUGGUGAAAAUUAUGUUCAAGAAUUAAUUAGUAAAUCAAAAGAAUUACCUCAAGAUAUUAAAUGGCACUUUAUUGGAGGUUUACAAAGUGGAAAAGCAAAAGAUUUAGCCAAAGGUGUUAAAAGUUUAUAUGCCGUAGAAACAAUUGAUGCUUUAAAAAAAGUUAAACAAUUAGAUAGAGUGCGUGGUGAAAUUAAUGGUUUACCUAUAAAUGUGUAUCUUCAAAUUAAUACAUCUGAAGAAGAUCAAAAAUCCGGAUUUUCAAUAUCUGAUUUAAAUGAACUUUAUGAAACAUUAGAAUUUAUAAUUUCUGAUGAAUGUAAAAAUGUAAAUUUAAUAGGAUUAAUGACAAUUGGUUCAUUUGCUCAAUCAACUGCUGAAGGUGAAGAUAAUCAAGAUUUUAAAAAAUUAGUUGAAUUAAAACAAAAUCUUGAUAAAAAGUAUGCAAUUAAUUUAGGACUUAGUAUGGGUAUGAGUAGUGAUUAUGCUCAAGCUAUUAAACAAGGAAGUACCAAUGUUAGAGUUGGAACUUCAAUCUUUGGUGCAAGACCUCCAAGAAACACAACAUAAUUUUAUAUAGAAGCAUAUAUUGUAUAAUAUAUUGUAUAAUAUAUAUAUAACA